AUGAUUUUUCAAAUAGAUAUUUAUAAUAAUCUUAAUUUAUUUAUAUUCAAAAUGUUAAAAACAUAAUUUCAAAAUUUAUAUAUGCCUAAUAAAAUUAUAAAAUGGAUUAAAAUAAAUAUUAUUUAAAUAAUUCUAAAAAUAUAUUAUAAAAAGUAAAAUAGAAUAAAUAUAUAUAAUUUUUUUCCCUAUAAUAAAUUUAAAGGAAAUAAAAAAUAUUAUUUUAAAUAUUAGAAUUAUAAAUUAUAUUAUUAUAAUUUAUAUUUUCUUGUAUAUAUUUGCUAUAAAUUUUAAAAAAUAAUAAAUAAUAUUUAUAAAAAUUAAAUUAAAUAAUAAUUAUUAAAAAAAAAAAAUGGGAAAAAAAGAUCAAACUAAAAAGAAAGAUUAAGAAACUACAGCUACAGAUAAAGGUUAAGGCAAGACAACUGGAACAGAUUAAAAGAGUGAACCUGCUAAGAAAGAUGAAAAGAAGAAAAAAUGAUUUAAAAUAAUAAGUUUUAUAAACAAAUUAUAAAUAAAUAAUCACAUAUUAAAUAUUAUAUUUUAUUAAAGUCUGUAUUUGUCAAACUCAAUAAAAUACAUAUAUAUUUU